UGCACCCUCCCUCCCACCACAACCAACAAAUUUCUCCCUCUCCAAACCAUGACCGCCUCCCCCACAGGCAAAAUCUCCCUCGCCCUAACCGGCGCCAAAAAACCCCACCUCCCACCAAAAGCCAACCCAAGCAACGGCAUCAAACGCCCGCACGCCGCGCUCCACGACCACGACGACGAAGAUGACGCGCACGGGCACGGAGGGCGCGCGGAAGUCGUGUCGCAUUUUGACCGCGCGGCUGGAGGGGCGAUUGAUGUUUCCAAGCCGGUGAGGGAGGAGAAAAUGCUUGUUAUUGCGCCGCGGGCGAAUCGGGAUUGGAGGGAGGCGAGUCAGCGGAAUAAGCGGCAGAGGGCGUUGAAGGUGGGGCGUGAAGAGGGGAGGAAUGGAGAUGGUGUUCCUAGUGUGCAGGAGGAGGAGAAGCCGAGUUUUGGGUUGAAUGUUUUUAAACGGGUGGAGGGGGAUGCGCCGGUAGUGGAGACUGCUGCUGUGGAAGACGGGCAACAGGCGCCGGUGGAUGAGGAUGGCGAUGCGCCCGUGAAAGAGAAGACCGAGGAUGAGCGGGCUAUUGACGCUUUACUGGGCAAAGAGGAAAAGACGGAGCUGGUCCUACCGGCUCUCACGGAAGAGGAGGCGUUUGCCCGAGACUUUCGAGACGCGCCUGCGAUGGCGACGCUGGAAGACUACGAGCGCGUGCCCGUCGAACAAUUCGGCGCAGCGCUACUCCGAGGCAUGGGCUGGAAAGACGGCGAGGGGAUCGGAAGCCAACGAGGCAAGAAAGUGGUGCAAACGAAAGUCCCUGAACGACGGCCCGCGUUACUGGGCAUCGGGGCGAAGGAGGAAGCGGCAGUCGCACAGGAAUUGGGCACUUGGGGGAAGGCGGCCAAGGACCGAAAGGGACCACAAACGGUGUACAAUCCGGUUUUGCUGCGGGACAAGAAGACUGGCGAAUUAUUUACCGAGGAGGAGUUAGAGAAGAAGAAGCAGCGGGAGGAGAAAGAGGAGUAUGAGAGGGAGUUUGAGCGAUCGGAGAGACACAAGCAUAAGGAGCGGCGGGAAAGAGAUAGGGAUGAUUCAAGAGAGCGAAAGUCUGAGCGGAAAGAUGGCAAGCGAGAGAGAUCGAGUGAGCGGGAUCGGAGGAAGUAUGAUAGUGAUGAAGAGUACUAUCGACGCAAAGAGAAGGAGAAGCGAAGGAGGGAACGAGAGCGAGAGCGUGGAGGCAGUGAUUAUGACCGAGAACGAUCAAGACGGCAUGACAGCGAUCGGGACAGACAUUCUGAGCGACAUCGCGAUCGUCGACGAUGAGAUAGAGUCAUGUCUGAAUGCUACAUACGCUCUAGAACUCCUCCACAG